AUGCGGACGCUAAUUACGGCUUUGACGCGUGCUCCCAUUUGUGCAAAAGUUGCUCCAACGGCGUUUUUGAGCCGACGGUAAACAUUUUUGUUUUUGAUUCAUUUCUUUUAUUUGCUUUCUCUUUCAUGUUUACGUUUCGUCUUGAGUUUUUUGAUAGUUGAAACCCGUUUUUAAUGGUAAUCGCCAUUCUUCUGAAAUGCCUACUUUCGAUUCAAAUUAUAUUAAAAAUAUUGUUUUUUUAGCGACGAUUUUUUUAUCCCUAAUCUACGAAAAAUCUCAAAUCUUCUGAUGCGGCAACUUUUGCGCUUUUCUUUUCGCCUCCACAGCUUUACCUUAUCGAUUAUUUUUGUGAGUAGUGGCAGGCUAGUGCGCUCAUUGCUUCAAUUUUGUCUACGCCAUUUUUUUAUUAUUUUUUUUUCGGUCUUGAUGAAAAGUUGAAAAAGUUUUUUUUCCAGAAUGGUUUUCACUCCGGUACACAAGGAUGAACAACUUUUUGUCGACACUGCUUUAAAUCUAGUCAAACAAGCUGGAACUGUUGGUUUGUAUGUUGAGAAAGAUGUUUUUUUUUUGAUUGCAGUUAGUUCGCAUGGCUUUCGAAGCGAAAGAAUGUGCAGUGAACACGAAAGCUUCUGACACCGACCUCGUAACAGAGACGGACCAAGCCGUCGAGAAACUUCUUAUCGAAGGGCUUUCUACCUCUUUUCCUGACCACAAGUGCUUUUUAAUCAGUAAAUGUACAGAACGAAGAAAUUGUUCAGGUUCAUCGGCGAAGAAUCCGUUUCUGGCGGAGCCAAAACCGAAUGGACGAAUGCUCCCACGUGGAUGAUUGACCCGAUCGAUGGAACCACCAACUUUGUUCAUAGGUUAUACUUCUUUGAUUUCUUUUAAUUGGGACUAAACAUGGGACAGUAUUUUUUGGCAACAAAGAGGAUAAUUUUUUGACUAUUGAGGUUUUUUUUUCCUGGUUUUUGCUCAUUUCAAUCUUUAAAUAUGAUCACUAACUUCAAAUUUUGAAGCUCCUUGAAUGAGAUAAUAACUGAAAUAUAUCUUUGUGGGGGUCUUGUCCUGCCUAUUUCUAAUUGUUUCAGAAUUCCAAUGAUUGCAAUUUGCGUUGGGUUGGCCAUCGACAAGCAACUGCGAGCGGGAAUCGUCUACAAUCCAAUAACUCAUGAACUAUAUCACGCCCAGGUACCGAAGCGAAAGGCCAACUUCAACCUUGAUAAUUAUUCAGGUCGGUAUGGGAGCCUUCAAAAACGGAUUCCGCAUCCAUGCGUCGGCCACUAAAGGUUUUUCUUCCUCCAUCUGCAUGGUUACGAGAAUUACUGCUGCUUUUCGAUUCUUAAUAGAUAUUUUUUUCUGCUGCUCAGAUAUAAAAAAGGAAAAUAUCAAGCGCUGUGUUUGAUACAUUAGUUGUAGGCCUAUGUGAAUUUUUCUUCCGCUAAAAGAUUGCUACUAAUUCCCUUCCUACUUUUCGAAAAAAGUCGAUUCAACUAAAUUUGAGCUGAUUUACGUCUUUUUUUGACACUCAAACCUUUUUUGUCAUCAGGCAGAUUUUGGAGAAAUUUGUAGAGCUGUGCCGUUCGGUUUUGUGUCUUUCGAUGGGAAUUCACAACAGGACCAUAUUUGGAGAUUCAUGGCUCGAUAAGGCAGCCUCCAACAUGCGGAAUCAGAUCCUUGCCGGCGUCCGUGGGUUAGUGGAAGCCAUGGAUAUAUUGCGAUGCCCUAGGUUUCCCCAAGCAGCAGUAGUACUCGAAAAAAAAGAACAUAGUGAUAUUGCCCAAGUGAUGUGCCGAGUUCCCAAGCACGUCUCUUGGCCCUGUAAGAGUGCAAUCGAGCUGCUUGCAGAGAUCUCGCGCAGCGUAGUGAUCACGCAGUUGGGAACCCUGCGGAGUAGCGAAAUGGCUAAGUCUUACCUCCAAACGUAUAGUUCGCUGAUGUUUGACAAAAACUGUCAUGGGUAACGAUUUCUUCGCACUUUGGCUUUAGUUAGCGUGUUUGCACCAUUUUUUUGAAAUUACACUCUCAGAAACAAUAAUUUUCAAAAUUUUGAAAAAAAAAUUGUUGGUGUUUUUUUUUAUACUGAGGAAAUUUUGUCAGAAUUCAUAAUCAUAUGCAAAUCACCAAAUUUGAAACUUUUUUUUUCCUUUUUUUAUGAGGUUAACUGCUUCGAAAAAUAUCACUGGGAUUGAUGGUAGGAAGGAAUUUUUCGCGAAUAUUCGUGAGUGUGAAGUGUGUAUACACCAAAUCUUCUUUUUAUAAAUUUUCCUAGUUUUUUGUGAACAGAAGUUGAUGGAGAAUGCAAACAGAAAGAAUAAUGCCGUGUUCAAAGUAAUUUCCGCGAAAUGCAAAAUGGUCUCUGACCCUCCAAAAUUUAGUUAUCUUUCUCUUUCUCUGACGGCUAUUUUGAAUUUCGCGGAAUCACUUUGAACACGGCAUAAAAAUAAGAAUGACGUUCUGCAGCGAUUUUUUUGACUGUGUGUAUGCGGGAAAGACGCAUUAUUCGAUGAAAAGGGGGUUGAAAAAAUUAAAGUGUUCUUGUGGUCGAAACACGAUAUACUCACAAUAAAACAACAAACGAGAAAAAUUGAAAAAAAAAAGAUAAAAAAAUCAAAAAAGAGGUGCAUAUUCCCAAGGAUCGUUUUCCAAGAUAGGUGUGUGCACAAUUCACGCUCACGAAUGUUCGCGGACUCAAAAUUCCUUCCUACCAUCCGGUGAUUAUAAUCAGGCAAAACUUGAAGAGGCAACUUUGAAUUAAAAUUAUUUGGAGGGCGACUGCGACGCGUUGCCUCUAUUUUCGAGCACUUUCACCACUUUGCAAGUCUUUGCGAAAUUCGAGCAUAAAAAUCAUUGUUUUCAAAGUCUUUCUAACUCAGAAAAAUCCCGUUUUAGUUCACAUUUGAAAAAGAUCAUUUUCGUUACGAGACUCUUAAUUUUGAGGCGAUUUCUUCUUAUGUUCAGACUGUCAGAAAAAUUUUAAUGAUGAUUUCAAUAAUUCAGACAUCGAUCAUUCGGGUCAGCCGCUAUAAACAUGGUGAUGGUGGCGCAAGGGAGCUGCGACGGCUAUUUGGAGUACGGAAUACAUUCCUGGGACGUCGCCGCAGCUUCGGUCAUUGUCAGCGAAGCUGGUGGCGUAAUGCUCGAUCCCACCGGUAAACUUUUUCUUCGCGACUUUUAUGUCCUUCAAUUGGCUAUUUUCAGGUGCACCCUUUGACGUGAUGUCGCGGAAGAUCCUCUGUGCCGGCACCCCUGAACUUGCCAAGGAGCUCAUCUCCACCCUCACUCACGUCGAGUACGACCGCGAAGCAUAA